CUAGGGUCGAAGCUUUACACUGGUAGACCCGAUAAGAGAAUUUGAGGAAGACCUAUUGAAUGUGUGGCUUUACUUGUUGUGGAAUCAGCAGCUACACACUUACAGUCUACCACGCGAACUACCACAACUCCGCCCUCCACCCCACAAGUCUUUCAGUCUUUUACUAUAUAUACACUGAGGAAUUAUUUUGCUUGUUUGGUUGGUUGUUCUAGCUUUGUUUACAGUUCUUGUAAUUGUUGUUGUUUUAUAUUUCCCCAAUUUUCUUUUAUUUCUAUUUUAUUUAUUUUUCUUACAUUUUUUAGUCGGCACCACUUCAUACGGCCAAUUUCCUUUACGGGAAGAAAGAGAACUGAGAGAGUGAGUGAGUGAGUGAGUGAGUAAUGGUUACCUCCUGAAAGAAACACGUAAACACUUGCAGACUAAAGAACUAACAACAAAGCCAUAAGUGACUCGCUCAUCUAUGUAUUUAUAUAUGAAUUCAUUCAUCCGUUCUGCCAUUCAUAAUUACACGCAUAACUCCGCUGGAGUAGACUCCAUCAAUUCGAUGUUGAUUAAGCACUCUGUCGAAUAAGAACAUAUAUCGGUAAUGCACUGUGAUUUAAUCGAUCGGCUCAACCAAAACUGGAGUUCCCGGUUAGCAGCAGCAGCAGCAUUCAGUAACAUCCCCCACCACUACCACCACCAUCAUCGUCGUCAUCGUCAUCGUCAUUAUCACUAUAUUUAAUUCACUGAAAAACAGCUUUGAAACCACGUCGUCAAUGGAGUGAAGUUUACUCAUCAUGAAAACAGUUUAUACUUCCGCAAACAUUACAUAAGCAACUCAUGCUAGGAUGGUAUCGCACAGAACUGUUCAAGUGUCAUGAAUCGCUACACACGAUUUACGAUACGGAAAAAAUUAUUUGUUAUCGUACUUUGCCUAACUCUACCAUGGUAUUACAUAUCCAGCUAUCUCCAAAACUUCGACAAUUAUGAAUCAGUAACGGGCCAAUGUGUCUUGCCGAACAUCGACCCGUUUGAUGAAUCCAUAAAACAAUUCAUCCGUAAACUCAGUCCGUUACAAUGUUCUAAGAACAACGAUUUCAGUUACCUUGACAACAAAGGUCGAGUACAUUUGAACUGGACAGCUGGUCGUCUUCUUGGAUUUCACCGAAAUCAGACAUACUGUGUGUGCAAUGUUAUCAACAGAUACGAUGAUGAUGAUCAUAUCCUAUACCAACCUGCCCGGACAGUGGAUUUUCCCAUGGACAUACCUUCUGACUUCUUCCGUAUUACAUGCGCGGAUGAAUCUGGCUCCUCUUACAGUAAUCUACACGCUCACAUUUUCCCUACAAAUAUCACAAAUGAAAAAGUUAAAAAAAGGUCAAACACUCGGAAACAGUAUAAUGUUUUUAUAUUUGGGGUCGAUUCUGUGUCCAGGUUAAACUGUUUGAGAAUGCUUCCGAAAACCUAUAAGUAUCUCACCCAAGAAUUAGAGGCGUUUGAUUUUCAAGGUUACACCAAAGUUGGAGAUAACACUUUCCCGAACAUGGUACCAUUACUCACAGGGAUGCAUCCUUAUGAAGAGUCAUCGAAAUUACCUUAUGUAGAUCCCUCAUAUCAUUUUUAUGAUUCUUACCCUUUGUUAUGGAAGAACUUUUCCGAUGCCGGUUACAUCACGAUGUUUGCAGAAGACGAACCGUUACUGGGUAUUUUUAACUAUUUAUCAAAAGGUUUUAACCAACAACCAACUGAUCAUUAUAUGCGACCGUUUUGGCUUGCUUUGGAUGACACUCACCCUAGCAAUAAGUUUAUUAGUCCCUUCUUGUUAAUGUUGGAGAAUCAUGAAGUCCAGCUUAGUAAGUCUUCGACUCUUUGCUUCGGAAAUAUUCCCAAACACGUUGUCUUGAUGAAUUAUUAUAAAUAUUUCACAAUGAAAUACAAACAUACACCUCGGUUUGGAUAUUCCUGGUUAACAGAACUUGGUCAUAGUCAUUUAAACAUUGUACAGUUGGCUGACAACGAUUUUGUUAAUUUCUUAACAUCUUUAAAGGAUAAUGGUCAACUAGACAACAGUUUUUUGAUUUUCAUGAGUGAUCAUGGACACAGGUUCGAUUCUAUACGCCAUACGUUAAUUGGACGCAUUGAAGAAAGAAUGCCGCUUUUUUUAAUGACAAUACCCAAAGGUUUCAAAAGAGACUAUCCAAGCGCAGCAGCUAAUCUGCUCGCUAAUACUAAAAAACUGACAAGUCCGUACGAUCUCCAUCAAACAUUGAAGGAUAUUCUGUCAACUGAUUACGAAAAUAACAAUGCAAAGAGAUUUACAUUGACAAAAGGAGUGAGUUUAUUUAGCAGAAUCAGUAAGCAAAGGAGUUGUGCAGAUGCUGGCAUUAGUGAAAACUACUGUCCGUGUUAUAAAAUAAAACCUUUAAACACAACAGAAAAUAAUGUGAGUCGCUCUAUAGCCAAGUUUAUUCUUGACAAAAUUAAUUCUCUUCUCCAACCCUGGAGAGGUAUAUGUAGCAAUUUAAAACUGAACAGUAUAAAAAGCAGUGAUAAAAUUGUCCCUCAUGCAAGUCUGAGAGAAGAAUAUGGUUUCUUUGCGUCUUUAUUGAAUCACCCGGAACCGGAAGAGGGUACUUACACUGUUGUUGUUGAAACAAUACCUGGUUUAUCUUUGUUUGAAGCCUCAGUGAACUACAAAAGCAACACCGAUAUUAGUCUCUAUGGAGAAAUAAGUCGAAUCAACCGAUACGGUAACCAAUCAGAUUGUAUAAGGAACAAACGGAUGAAACUAUACUGCUAUUGUAUCGCGUAAGAGCGGUCCUGGAGACUAGUAGCAUUGCGCAUGCGUAAUGACAUACUUCACCACACACUGACACUACACUUCUCUUUCACCUACCACGUAAUUUUAUUUAUAUUUAUAUGUAGAAAAAAAAAGACUAAAAAUAGAACCGAUUGAAAGCAGACAGUAUUAUACACACACACAUACAUAUACAGUUCGUUUUUGUAUUUGGUUUACAAGGUUCUGUAUAAGAACUCGUGCAUUGAAACGAAUCUUGUUGUAUCUUGGGAGGGUCAUUAUAAAAAUAAAUACAGACGCAGUUGUGGCUGUGCGGCAAGAUGCGUGCUUCCCAACUACAUGGUUCCGGGUUCAGUCCCUCUGCAUGGCAACUUGGGCAAGUGUCUUCUACUGUAACCUCAGGCCAACCAAAGCCUUGUGAGUGGAUUUGGUAGACGGAAACUGAAAGAAGCCCGUCGAAAGUGUGUGUGUGUGUGUGUGUAUUUGUGUAUGUAUUUGUGUGUCUGUGUUUGUACCUCCACCAUCCCUUGACAACCGAUGUUGGUGUGCUUAUUUCCCCGUAACUUAGCGGUUCGGCCUAAGAUACCGAUAGAAUAAGUACUAGGCUUACAAAGUCCUGGGGUCGAUUUGUUCGACUAAAGGCGGUGCUCCAGCAUGGCCGCAGUCAAAUGACUGAAACAAGUAAGAUAAUAAAAGAAUAAAAGAAUAGGCACUGGCUUAGUUUCACUUCUUUAUUGUUAAGCAACAAUAAAGAAGUAGAAUUGUGACAGUUCAUGUUUUGAUAUUAUCUCCCAAGAUACACGAUGUGCAUGUGUCUUUGUGUGUGUAUGUGUGUGUAUGUAUGUAUGUAUGUGUGUGUGUGUAUGUGUGUGUGUGUGUGUGUGUGUGUGUGUGUGUGUGUGUGUAGUGGAAGCCGCUUAUUGUAAUAACGGGUAAUGUUUCCAGUCAAAGUCACUGCCUCCCAAACACGCUCAGGAUAAUGAUUAAUUUGGCCAGUCUGCUAUUGUUAUCUAAAUGGUUCCGUCCCAAAGCGAUCGUAAUAAGCGGAUUCCAAUACAUAUAUUUAAGUCUGUGUGUAUGUGUUUGUGCGUACUUGUGUAUACGACCACUUGUAAAUAGUGUGAAUAAAAUCUAAAUAUUUUACUAUUCCCGCUGUUUCUGUUUUCUGUGAUGACACUAAUUGUUUUUUUUUUAUCAUUAUGCAGAUGUAGACAUGGUUGUAUGGUUAAGAAGCUUGUU